AUGUCGUGCCGUGUCUGCCGUGCCGUGUCGCGCCGAUGCCGUGCUGUGCCGUGCCGUGCCGUGCCGUGCCGUGCCGUGCCGUGCAGUGCCGUGCCGUAUCGUGCAUCGUGCCGUGCCGUGCCGUGUCGUGCCGUGCAGUGCCGUGCCGUGCCGUGCAGUGCGUGUCGUGCCGUGCCGUUGUGCGUGCAGUGCCGUGCCGUGCCGUGCCGUGCCGUGUCGUGCCGUGCCGUACUUGCGUGCCGUGCCGUACCUUGCCGUGUUGCUGUUAUGGGAUCUCCAUAG